CGCCGUUAAAACUGGGAAAAUGAAGGAUAAAAGAAAGUCACCGCGCUGGGAGAGGGAGAGUUGAUGGACUUUGCCGAGGUAUUUUUAAAGUUCCGCGGAACUAAGGAAUUUUAAACCAUGGAAGUAGGGCUUCAUUGGACCUGGGUAAGCCUCAUAUGUAGUUUGCCGUUAAUGGGAUGUUUAAACCUACACGUAUCUGACACUUCACUACCAGGGGACCUGCUGAAAAAUGUGUCACUCGGACCGGGCUGGACAUACAAAAUUGACAGGACUUUAACAGCUAAAUAUGUCAGGGAGUUUGUUACUGUGGAUUGGAAAGACGGAGCGGUGAGAGUUUCCAGAAGGGCGGACUGUGUGCGCUUACCUCAGAACCCGGCGCCUCUCUAUGUCAAGAUAAGAUCUGUGACAUCUGAAAACGUUGUCCUGACACACUGCAAUGUGUAUGUUCACGGACAGAAUUGUUUUAUCAAAUACAAAAGAAAGAGUUCCAUUGAUAAGCCCGAUAUUUCUGCUGAUCACCUUUUCCAGUUAGGGGACACUUCCUGCUUGUCUUCAGGUAAUUUACUUGUCAAUGUGAACGACUUUUUACCUGAAUCCCUGAAGCAGACCACGUCAUCUCGUUAUUCUUGCACAAACGCGUAUGGUAAUGCAGUAGUGAAUAACGGGAGUUUAUUUCUGAACCACGAACACUGCCCCGAACCGUGGGAGCGUAGCGAAAUGUUUUUUUGGUGUACAGUACACGGCUCGUUGGGAGACAGCGUUUCCAUGCGCGUCAGAUUACUGUUCUGGUCAAACGCGCGCCAUGUCUCCUCAGAGUCGCUUCAAAACAGACCUAGUACACGGCAUCUGAGAAUAAAGAGAGCUCCAAAUUCUGCUCCCACAUUUCAGUUGCCCAAUUAUCAAGUAUCCGUCCCGGAGAAUGAGCCAGCGGGCACUCGUGUUAUCAAUGUGAAAGCUACUGAUACGGACAGUGGAGAAGCCGGUAGGAUUAAAUACGCCAUGGAGGCUCUGUUUGAUAAGCGAUCCGAUGAUUUAUUUGUCAUAGACCCGCAGACAGGCAGCAUUGUUACGGCGCAGCCACUGGACAGGGAAGUCAAAGACACUCACGUCUUCAAAGUAACUGCCACUGAUCACGGCAGCCCGCCCCGCGCGGCCACUUCUUACCUCACCGUUACCGUGAGAGACACCAAUGACCACUCGCCUGUGUUCGAGCAGUCCGAGUACAGGGUGACCAUUCGUGAGAAUGUCGAAGUGGGCUUCGAAGUAAUCACCAUUCGGGCCAAUGACGGGGACACCCGCUCAAACGCAAACAUGGUAUACAGAAUAGUCAACGGAGACGGUGUCAACUCCGGUUUUGAAAUCGACCCGCAAAACGGGCUUGUGAAGAUCAGGGUGUCCCCAGACAGGGAAACAAUGACGCAGUACAAACUGAUAGUUGAAGCCAACGACCAGGGUCGAGACCCCGGCCCGCGCAACGCCACCGCGACCGUGUACAUAACGGUGGAGGACGAGAAUGACAAUUACCCCCAGUUUAGCGAGAAGAGGUAUGUAGUGCAAGUGCCGGAGAAUGUGGCUGUCAACACGCAGGUAGCUCAGGUGGCGGCCACGGACAAAGACGAGGGGAACAACGCCAAGGUGCUGUACAGCAUCAUCAGCGGCAACGUGAAGGGCCAGUUCUACAUCCACUCCUCCUCGGGGGUGAUCGACGUCAUCAACCCCCUGGAUUACGAGAUGAUCCGAGAGUACAACCUGCGCAUCAAAGCCCAGGACGGCGGACGGCCCCCGCUGAUCAACGGGACGGGGAUGGUGGUCAUCCAGGUGGUGGACAUCAACGACAACGCCCCCAUGUUCGUCAGCACGCCCUUCCAGGCCACCGUGCUGGAGAACGUGGCCAUCGGUCACUCCGUCAUCCACAUCCAGGCCAUCGACGCCGACGCCGGGGACAACGCUCGGCUGGACUACCGGCUGACCGACACGUCGCCGGGCUUCCCGUUCACCGUCAACAACAGCACGGGCUGGGUGACGGUCAGCAGCGAGCUGGACCGCGAGACGACGGAGUUCUACACGUUCGGCGUCGAAGCGCGAGACAACGGCGUCCCCGCCCCCCUCUCCUCGUCCGCCAGCAUCAGCAUCACCGUGCUGGACGUCAACGACAACGUGCCCGAGUUCACGCAGAGGUCGUACUCGCUGAAGAUCAACGAGGACGCCGUGGUGGGCACCAGCGUCCUCACGGUGACGGCGGUGGACCGCGACGUCAACAGCAUCGUCACCUACCAGAUCGCCAGCGGCAACACGCGCAACCGCUUCGCCAUCACCAGCCAGAGCGGCGGCGGACUGCUGACCCUGGCGCUGCCGCUGGACUACAAGCAGGAGCGCCAGUACGCGCUCACGCUGACCGCCUCGGACGGCACGCGCUUCGACACGGCGCACGUGCUCAUCAACGUGACCGACGCCAACACGCACCGGCCCGUCUUCCAGAGCGCCAACUACCAGGUGCUGGUCAGCGAGGACAAGCCGGUGGGCGCCACCGUGGUGGUCAUCAGCGCCUCGGACGAGGACACGGGCGAGAACGCGCGCAUCACCUACGUCAUGGAGGACAACGUGCCGCAGUUCGCCAUCCACCCGGACACGGGCGCCGUCACCACCCGCACCGAGCUGGACUACGAGGACCAGGCCUCGUACACGCUGGCCAUCGUCGCCCGGGACAACGGCAUCCCGCAGAAGUCGGACACCACGUACGUGGAGCUGAUGGUGCUGGACGCCAACGACAACGCGCCGCGCUUCGGCCGCGACAAGUACCAGGGCAGCGUCCACGAGGACGCCCCCACCUACACCAGCGUCCUGCAGAUCUCCGCCACCGACCUCGACUCCGGCUCCAACGGGCGCCUCACCUACACCUUCGCGGGCGGCGACGACGGAGAGGGCGACUUCCAGAUCGAGACGUAUUCCGGAAUCAUCCGCACGGCGCGCAAGCUGGACCGGGAGAACGUGGCCGUGUACCAGCUGAAGGCCUUCGCAGUGGACAAGGGCGUGCCGGCGCUCAAGGCCUCGGUGGACGUGCGGGUGUCCGUGCUGGACAUCAACGACAACGCGCCCAAGUUCGAGAAGGACCGGCUGGACAUCUACGUGAAGGAGGACAGCGCGGUGGACUCGGUGGUGGAGCGCAUCGUGGCCGAGGACCCGGACGAGGGCACCAACGCCCAGAUCAUCUACCAGAUCGUGGAGGGCAACGUGCCCGAGAUGUUCGACCUGGACAUCUUCUCGGGCGACCUCAAGCUCCUGGCCGAGCUGGACUACGAGACGCGGAGCGAGUACGUCAUCGUGGUCCAGGCCACCUCCGCCCCUCUGGUCAGCCGCGCCACCGUGCACGUGCACGUGCAAGACGUCAACGACAACAAGCCCGUGCUGCGGGACUUCGAGAUCCUCUUCAACAACUACGUGACCAACAAGUCCAACAGCUUCCCGGCGGGCGUGAUCGGCAGGGUGCCGGCGCACGACCCCGACGUGUCGGAUCAGCUGCACUACUCGCUGGUGGAGGGCAACGAGCUCGGCCUGCUGCUGCUCAACCCCCACACGGGCGAGCUCAAGCUCAGCAGGGACCUGGACAACAACCGACCGCUCCAGGCCACCAUGAAGAUGGCCGUGUCCGACGGUCUGCACCGCGUGACGGCACUCUGCACGCUGCGGGUGACCAUCAUCACGGACGACAUGCUGACCAACAGCAUCACGGUGCGUCUGGAGAACAUGUCGCAGGAGCGCUUCCUGUCUCCGCUGCUCUCCCUCUUCAUGGACGGCGUGGCCGCGGUCCUGUCCACCAGCCGCGACGGCGUCUUCGUCUUCAACGUCCAGAACGACACCGACGUGCACGGCGCCAUCCUCAACGUCACCUUCUCCGCCCUGUUGCCGUCGGCGACGGGCCCCGUGACGCUCGGGGGGGCGGCGGCGGCGAUCGGGGGAGGAGGAGGAGGAGGGGGAGCGGGCGGUAACGGACGGUUCUUCCCCUCGGAGGACCUGCAGGAGCGCAUCUACCUGAACCGCACCAUGCUCCAGCGCAUCUCCAGCCAACAGGUGCUGCCGUUCGACGACAACAUCUGCCUGCGUGAGCCGUGUGAGAACUACAUGAAGUGCAUCUCGGUGCUGCGGUUCGACAGCUCUCCGCCCUUCAUCGCGUCGGACACCAUGCUGUUCCGGCCCAUCCACCCCAUCAACGGCCUGCGCUGCCGAUGCCCCGCCGGCUUCACCGGCGACUACUGCGAGACCGAGGUGGACCUGUGCUACUCCGGGCCCUGCCGCAACAACGGGCGCUGCCGCAGCAGGGAGGGGGGGUACACCUGCGAGUGCCAGGAGGACUUCACAGGUGAGCACUGCGAGGUGAACGCCCGUUCGGGCCGCUGUGUGCCAGGUGUGUGUAAGAACGGGGGCACGUGCGUGGACCUGCUGGUGGGGGGGUUCAUGUGCCAGUGUCCGGUCGGCGAGUUCGAGAAGCCCUUCUGUGAGAUGACCACUCGCAGCUUCCCGGGACAGUCCUUCAUCACCUUCCGAGGACUCCGCCAGAGGUUCCACUUCACCGUCUCCUUCAUGUUUGCCACCCGCGACAGAAACGCCCUGCUGCUCUACAACGGCCGCUUCAACGAGAAGCACGACUUCAUCGCCGUGGAGAUCAUCGAGGAGCAGGUCCAGCUCACCUUCUCUGCAGGAGAGGCCAAGACCAUCGUGGCCCCCUUCGUCCAGGGCGGGGUCAGUGACGGCCAAUGGCACUCCGUGCAGCUGCACUACUACAACAAGCCCAACAUCGGGCGGCUGGGUGUCCCGCACGGACCCUCGGGGGAGAAGGUGGCCGUGGUUGCCGUGGACGACUGUGACAUCGCCAUGGCGGUGCGCUUUGGAAGCCAGAUCGGGAACUACAACUGUGCUGCCCAGGGCACUCAGACUGGACAGAAGAAGUCAUUGGAUCUCACUGGUCCGCUACUUCUGGGAGGUGUGCCAAACCUUCCGGAAGAUUUCCCCAUCCUGAACCGGGACUUCAGAGGAUGCAUGAGGAACCUGACCAUCGACAGCAGGCCACUAGACAUGGCCAGCUACAUCGCCAACAAUGGCACUGAAGCAGGCUGCAGGGCGAAGAGUAACUUCUGCACGCGGAGUGUGUGUGUGAACGGAGGCCAGUGUGAGAACAGGUGGGGCACCUACUCCUGCGACUGCCCCACCGGAUACGGAGGCAAGAACUGCGACCAAGGGUGGAGCAGCCGUGUCCGUGUGGCUGGUGGGGGAUUUGUAGAUUGUGUGGUUCUGCGUCUGACGUUCUCUGCCGGUUCUGUGCGUGUUCUCCUCAGGGUGGAGCGUCCGUGUCCGCGUGGCUGGUGGGGGAGUCCCAUGUGCGGUCCGUGCAGCUGUGAGGUCAGCAAGGGCUUCCACUCGGACUGCAACAAGACCACCGGAGAGUGCCGCUGCAAGGAUAACUACUACCAGCCGCAGGACAGUGACACCUGUUUCCCGUGCGACUGCUUUGCGCUGGGUGCUGAGUCCCGCAGCUGUGACCCGUUGACUGGACAGUGCCCCUGCAAGGCUGGGGUCAUCGGGAGGCAGUGCAACCGCUGCGACAACCCCUUCGCCGAGGUCACCGUCAGCGGCUGUGAAGUUGUGUAUGAGGGAUGUCCCAAGGCCUUCGACGCCGGAAUCUGGUGGCCCAAGACCAAGUUUGGACGUCCAGCAGCCACCCACUGCCCUAAAGGCUCCGUUGGCACGGCGAUCAGACACUGUGGAGAGGAGAGGGGAUGGCUGCCUCCUGACCUGUUCAACUGCACCUCCAACGCUUUUGUGCUGCUCAAGAAACUGAACGAGGAGUUCCAUCGUAAUGAGUCUCGUAUGGACGGAGAACGUUCUAAGGAGAUCACACGCCAGCUGCAGAACGCCACCAAUCACACGAGUGUGUUCUACGGGAACGACGUGCGCGUGGCGUUCCAGCUGCUCCGCCGGGUUCUGCAGUACGAGAGCCGACGCAGCGGGUUCCAGCUCGCCGCUACGCAGGACGCAGACUUCCACCAGAACGUGGUGGAGGUGGGCAGUGCCAUCCUGGACGUGGGCACUCGGCCACACUGGGAGCACAUCCAGCGCACGGAGGGGGGCACAGCACACCUGCUGCACAGCUUCGAGGACUACACACACACACUCGUGCAGAACAUGAGGAAGACCUACCUCAAGCCCUUCACCAUCGUCACCGACAACAUGAUCAUCGCUGUGGACUACCUGGACCCCUCGGAACCGGACACAGCUAAGAUUCCGCGCUUCCAGGAGAUCCAGGACGUGUGUCCCAAAGACCUCAAGUCCUCGGUUCUCUUCCCAGAGUUCUCCUUCAGACCCCUGCAGAACAACCCGCCCCCUACUGAGGAGCCCACGGAGGCGCAGCCUGAGGAGGAGCAGACUGAGGGGACGCUGGUGGAGAGCAGGAGGAGGAAGAGGAGGAGUGCGGAGCAGCCUGAGGAGGAGGAGAGCAGGAGGAGGAAGAGGAGCGCAGAGCAGCCUGAGGAGGAGGAGAGCAGGAGGAGGAAGAGGAGCGCAGAGCAGCCUGAGGAGGAGGAGAGCAGGAGGAGGAAGAGGAGGAGUGCGGAGACCUUCGCCCCCAUGCCUGUAGCAGCGGUCAUCAUCUACCGGACCCUCGGCCAGCUCCUCCCCGAACGCUACGACCCUGACCGCCGCAGCCUCAGGCUGCCCAAGCGUCCGGUCAUCAACACCCCUAUCGUGAGCACGACGGUGCACAGUGAUGGUGAUUGGCUGGCUCUGCCCCUGGCCACGCCCCUUCUGCUGCACUACAACCUGCUGGAGACCGAGGACCGCACCAAGCCUGUGUGUGUGUUCUGGAACCACUCCAUCCCUAUCGGCGGGACAGGCGGCUGGUCGUCUAAGGGCUGUGAGUUGGCAGAGAGGAAUCGCACACACAUCAGCUGCCACUGCAACCACAUGACCAGCUUUGCUGUACUCAUGGACAUCUCCAAACGAGAGCACGGUGACGUGUUGCCGUUGAAGAUCGUGACGUACACGUCUGUGACGGCGUCGCUGGUGGCGCUCUUCAUCACCUUCAUCCUCCUCCUCCUCCUGCGCCGCCUGCGCUCCAACCUGCACAGCAUCCACAAGAACCUGGUGGCCGCACUCUUCAUCUCACAGCUCGUCUUCCUCAUCGGCAUCAACCAGACCGACAACCCGUUUGUGUGUACGGUGAUCGCCAUCCUACUGCACUACUUCUACAUGUGCACGUUUGCGUGGAUGUUCGUGGAGGGGCUGCACAUCUACCGCAUGCUGACAGAGGUCCGCAACAUCAACCACGGACACAUGAGGUUCUACUACGCCAUCGGGUGGGGCAUACCCGCCAUCAUCACAGGGCUGGCGGUGGGCUUGGAUCCUCAGGGCUAUGGGAACCCAGACUUCUGCUGGUUGUCCGUCCAUGAUACACUCAUCUGGAGCUUUGCUGGACCCAUCUCUGUGGUCGUACUGGUCAACAUAGUAAUCUUCCUGCUGGCUGCCAAAGCCUCAUGUGGACGCAGGCAACGCUCCUUUGAGAAGUCUGGUGCCAUUGGGGCGCUGCGUAUGGCCUUCCUGCUGCUGCUGCUCAUUAGCGCCACCUGGCUGCUGGGUCUGAUGGCCGUCAACAGUGACGUCAUGACAUUCCACUACCUGUUCGCCAUCUUCAGCUGUCUACAGGGCAUCUUCAUCUUCCUCUUCCACUGCAUCUUCAAUAAGGAGGUGAGGAAGAACCUGAAGAAUGUCUUCACUGGGAAGAAACCAAUACCUGAGGAGUCUAGUACCACACGCGCAUCUCUACUCACUCGCUCUCUGAACUGUAACACACACACGGAGGACGGCACCAUCUACCGCUCAGCCAUCGGCGAGUCCACCGUUUCCAUGGAGACCACGGGCAGGUCAGCCAAGAGCAGCUACCUAGCAUAUACACUCAGAGAUGACUCUGGUCAGAAGCCCAGCGUAUCGUCCAGUGGAGCUCGAGCGGGCAUCACGGACAUCGACGGUCCGUUAUUCCACCGGAACGGCACCAAGGCUGACGACUCUGACUCAGACAGUGAGUUGUCUGCAGAUGAGCACAGCAGCUCGUACGCCUCUUCACACUCCUCAGACAGUGAGGACGACGACGACGACAUCAAGCCCAAGUGGAACAACGAGAGACAACCGCUGCACAGCACUCCAAAAGUGGAGACGGUGUCCAAUCACACGAAGCCUUACUGGCCUGCUGACGGCACCACGGCCAGUGAUAGCGAGGAUCUGUGCGGGGCGGGCGACCGGCUGCGGGUGGAGACCAAGGUCAACGUGGAGCUGCACCCUGAGAACAAGCUGAACCACACACCCACCCACGCCGAGACUCCGUCACCACCACCGCCGCCACCUCCGCCGUCGGACAAAGAGAACGCAGCCCGGGAGAUCAGCACUCCGACGCCAACGUCAUCGCCGGCCCCCAACACCACCACCGCCACCCCUAACCCCGCCUCUAACUCCACCCACAACUCCACCCCCACCCAGUCCAACAGCAACAACCAUCCGGAACAGCGCAAAGGGAUCCUGAAGAACAAGAUCUCGUACCCCCCGCCGCUCUCGGACAAGAACAUGAAGAACCGUCUGCGGGAGAAGCUGUCGGACUACAACCCCCCCACCAUCUCGUCCCGCUCGCCCUCCCAGUCCUCCGUCACCAUCGCCGGGGGCAACAACGUGCUCAGCAAGCCCCCCGCGCAGCGUCCAGUCCCGCCGCCCAGAGACACACACACACAACACACGCCGCAGCACAACGGAGUGACCAUCAACCUCAACGGGGGCAACCAGUCCGACUCCGAGAUGGUGAAGGAUUCUCCGCCCCUCUGAAGGGGUAUCUGCCCUACCUUGCCCCCCACCCCUCUCCUUCCUGCCCCAGGGAGGGGUAAAAGGGUUACAGAAGGAAAGAUGGAGUUCUGGAGGGGAAAGAAAAACAUCUGGGAGUACCUAGGAUGACCUCCGACCUUUUAACCUUGACCCUGUAACCCCUGAGCGUCUGUCCUUCUGGAGAUCAGUAUUACUGCCAUCGCUCGUCUGCUGGAUAAAGGGAAUGUUCUGGACAGGAGUCCGGACAGGAUGAGGAGCCCUGUGCCAAAAACUGAUGGGAGAGGAUGGAAAACUACAUCCCCCAGAAUGCCGCAUUUCUUCCUGUUUCUGUUUGCUCACAGGAAGCCAUUUGACUCUAAAUAUGUGGAUGUGUGCGGUGAAUGUGUCUGAGACAGGAAAAUAAAUCCACUUCUCAGUCACACAAAUGUAUGUACACACACCUACACAAACACACACACACACACACGCUUACAGAGGCCUUAUUUGUCAAAGCAAAAAAAAAGAAGACAUUGAAUGUCCCAUGAACUGACCGGCGCCUCACUAAGUGUUGUCUUAACGAGGCCUCAUGGCCCUCGGACUGUAUGUACCGUGUAGAUAAAAAGAGAAAAAAGUUUAUUUUGGACAUGAGCUGAUUGAGAAGAGUCUGCAAUCCUACUUGUUUGUAUAUGUCAAUGAUGAUGUGGGGUUUUUAUAGCAACCCACCGCUUGUCUGAUUUCUCCAAUG